GGACUUCAGAAUUUUGUCUGUUCUCUGGGUACAAUCUGCUAAGCCUGGAGAGAAGUCUGUGCCUGCAGCUGACUCACUCCAGGACUGAUGGGAAUCCUGCCGUUCCUACCGCUCUCCAUGGAGAGCAACUGGAGUGUCCUUGUGUUCUCACGGACCUGGUGCCAUAUGCUACUGUGGACUGCAGUGCUAAAUCUUGUUGCUGGGACUCAUGCAGAUCUUCCGAAGGCUGUGGUGAAACUCGAGCCUCCAUGGAUCCAGGUGCUCAGGGAAGACAUGGUGACACUGAUGUGCGAAGGGACCCACAACCCUGGGAAUUCUUCUACCCAGUGGUUCCACAACAGGAGGUCCAUCUCGAGCCAGGUCCAAGCCAACUACACGUUUAAGGCCACAGCCAACGACAGUGGAGAAUAUCGGUGCCAAAUGGCGCAGACCGGCCUCAGUGACCCUGUACAUCUGGGAGUGAUUUCUGACUGGCUGCUGCUCCAGACUCCUCAGCUGGUGUUUCUGGAAGGGGAAAACAUCAUGUUAAGGUGCCAUAGCUGGAGGAACAAACACCUGAGCAGGAUCUCAUUCUUCCAGAAUGGAAGAUCUGUGAGGUUUCAUCAUCAGAGUACUAAUUUCUCGAUCCCAAAAGCCAACCACAGUCACAGUGGGGACUACUACUGCAAAGGAAAUCUAGGAAAGAUGUCAUACUCCUCCAAGCUUGUCACUAUCACUGUCCAAGGGCCCAAGUCCAGCAGGUCUUUGCCGGUAUUGACAAUUGUAGCUGCUGUCACUGGAAUUGUUGUAGCAGCCAUUGUUAUUAUCCUAGUAUCCUUGAUCUAUCUCAAGAAAAAGCAGGUUCCAGCUCUCCCAGGAAACCCUGAUCACAGGGAAAUGGGAGAAACCUUUCCCGAGGAACUAGGUGAGUACAGAAUGCCCUCUGGGGGCUCAGUGCCUGUCAUCCCAGGGCCUCCACAUGGACUGGAGCCAGCAAGCAGCAGCUCGUACCAUCCUUCUGAUCUGGAAGACGUUGCCAAAACUGAGGUUGAGAAUACGAUCACCUAUUCACUUCUCAAGCAUCCCGAAGUCCCGGAUGAAGAAGCAGAGCCUGAUUACCAGAACCACAUUUAGUCUCCCUUGGGAUUGGGAAAAGCAAACCAGAAAGGCCAGGAUCUAGUGUCUCCUGGUCCAAGGGAUACUGUCAAUAUUAAAGAAAACAUCCAGAGUCACUUAUGUGAGUCCUGAAACCAACAGACACUACGAUAUUGGUUCCCAGUGCUUGACUGUACUAAUGACUUCCAUAACUUACAGCUUCCCAACUCAAGACUCUUCUACUAUAGAUCCACACAGCCAAUAAAAUUAACCAACUUACUGUCGUUAAGAGACCACAACAACAUGGGAACUGCUUGUAUUACAUGCUAAGCUAAGGAGAACAAUUAAUGUUUGACUGCAUAAUCUCAGCGAUGAUAAACCAAACUUUUACCAACCUGUCAAACGUGAUGCCUCUUUAUAAGGAACUUUAAGUUUUUUUAAAAAUUUUUCUAUAAAGGUCACAUGUUACUUUUAUAGUAAAAUGUUGUAAAAAAACCCAUCUUUCUAUUUACUUUUUCAAGGCUGCAAUGAUUGGAGUAUACACUGAGCUCUCUGGAGUUUGUUGGUCUUCUGUGAGAAGAAUCUUAGGGAGAUAGACUCACUUUUCCCUGGGGAGACAUAAGAAUCUUAGGUAGGGCUGGGCGGUGGUGGCACAUGCCUUUAAUCCCAGGACUUGGGAGGCAGAGGCAGGCGGAUUUCUGAGUUUGAGGCCAGCAUGGUCUACAGAGUGAGUUCCAGGACAGCCAGGGCUACACAGAGAAACCCCGUCUUGACAAAAACAAAACAAAACAAAACACAGAAGAAUCUUAGGUAGGGCCCUCAUGACAGACCAAAGUCAUAUGAUUACACUCAAAACUAGUUUGGUGCACCCGUGAGUUUAUCAGGCUUAUCUAUAGGGUCAUCCGUGAGGGGUUUCUUUCAGGGGUCUGGAGGACCUUACCACAUCAGUCUUAGUAACGAUGACAACAUCUUUACAGUCACAUAGAUGGUGCCCACCCCCUCCUUAGUUGGUUUGUCUUCCUCAGACUCCCAGGCCUGAAGCCUUUGCCUUUAGACAUCCAUGAUGAUGAGUAUGCACUACUACAUACCCACCACCACAAGCAGCCUGGUAGCAGUGGAGAGGAGGUAGAGGACGGGGCAGAUGGGGAUUUACAGUGGAGGGCCAGGGCCCCCCCUCAAACUGACCACGCUUCCAGUGAACUUGGCUUCUUGUUUCCACACUUCCUCCUUCUCUUUUCCCCCAUGACCAGCAGAAUAAUCACUUUAUUAUGUAACAGGAGUUCUCAGGAAGUCAAGCUUUGGAUGAAUGCCAGUGGUAACUGAAGGGUGACCUUGAACUCCUGAUCUUCCUGUUUCCACCUCCUAAUUGCUCAGAUCAUACUUCAUUUAUAUGUCCGAAAAAAAUCACUCAGGCAGAUAUUUAAGCAUGCUGUAACCACAUAAGUUCAGAGUAUAGACAUAUAAAGGAGGAAAAGGGAGAAAUUCUCUAUUGUCUUCAUUCUCCUUGAUUCCUCUCUCUCUCUGUCUCUCUCUCUCUCUGUCUCUCUCUUUCUCUGUCCCCCCUCUCUCUGCCUCUCUCUGUCUUUCUCUCUCUCUCUUGAAUAACCACUGUUGUAGGUGUUGUGUACAUUCAGGUUAUAUAUAUAUAUUUGAUAUUGUUUUUAGAAAUCCUAUACAUGUGAUUAUAUUGUUGAUUUCUUUUGGCUGGGCCUUUCUGGAUGUCUGCCUAGCUUCAGGUUCAUAGGUUCAUAGGUUGAGAUAGGUUGAGAGACCCUAUCUCAAAGGAUUAAGCAGAAAGAAAAAGAUAAAGCAGGAUACCAGAUGUUUUCCUUUGACUCCCCCCACAUGUGUGUCUAUAACACACACAGAUAAAAUAAAUAAUAAUAAUAAGAACACCCUCCAGAAUCUCAGCUUUGAAAUCCCUGAUAACCAAGACAUGGUUGCGUGGAUCCAUCCUUGUGUGGAUCUUAGCGGUUCAAUCCAAACACACAGAACAAAUAAGGCUAUUCGACUCCAGGGAGCUCACAUUCAGAAGCUCUCGCAUCCCUGAUGUAAGUGUGCCUCGUGUAAUCUAUUCAGUUCUUUCUCAUAUCUUCUUCAGCAAGACCCCUCCUGGCCACUGCUCUUUGUUUUUAUUUUCUCCAUCGUACAGUGUAGAUAAUUACGUAUCUUCUUCUUUUAUAUAUUCUCAUAUAUAGUAAAAUGUAACUUCAAGAGAGCCCCAUGAUUUCAUUUUUUAUUAACAUAUUCCAGAGACCAGAACAAUGCAAUCGAUUGUUGAAUGAAUUAAUAAAUAAAACUUUCCUCUCAUA